AUGUUCAGUUCAGAGCAGCCAACAAAUGAAAAUGAAUGUAAUUACAGUGACCUUAAGCCAAUUAAAGUAUUUGAAUACCCAGAUAAAGCAUCGAAAAUUAUUUGGAGCGUCAAUUCCAAUAAUAUUUUACAAAUAUCAUCACAAAUUAUUGAAUUAAUUACAACUCUCAAAAUACCUAUCCAAAUGGCACUUUAUUUGAUUGACAUUUUUUCACAAAUUCGUGUUAAAGAAAUUAAAUUAUUUUCAGAACUUUACCAAAAGAUAUCAAACGCAUUUUCAUACAUCCGCAAACCGAAUAAUGAGAAGUUAGCAGAAUUGUUACGUUAUCAAAACUCUGCACCUACAAUUGAAGAAGAAAAAAUUCUCAAUUUAUAUUCAACAGAAUCUCCUUUAUACUAUAUUGCAUGGGAUAAAGUUGAUGAACUUAAGAGUAGAUUCCCAAAUCUUGAUAUCAAUAAGGAAAUUGAUAUGAAAUUCACGCCGCUCGAUUGUGCAAUUAAAUACGGAUCAGAAUUAUGUUUUAAUUACUUGAAAAAUUUAGGAGCUAAAUACACUGAUUACUCCCAAAAAUAUGCUCUUCAAGGUGGAAAUGAAAAGAUUUUUAUGCAAAUGAUAGAAGAUGGUCAAUCAUUUGGUGGAAAGAUUAAUAUAGCAUUGGACUAUCGAAACUAUGAAAUUGCUGACUACCUUAAAUCAAAUUUUGGGCAAACUUUUGAUUCAAUAGCAAAAAGCAUGCAUUUCGGAAAUUAUGAUAUUGCUUCUUAUUUACUUUCUAAUGGAGGAAAUAUCAACAAAAUUUAUAAUCUCUUUCUUUUCAUACUUAUCAAUGUUUUUUAA